AGUAUUUUUGUAUAUUUAAUUGUUGUAUUGACACAAUAUGGCGAAUUUUUUAUGUGGAAACAUCAUCAUUUUUCUAAUUUUUCGUUUCUGUAAUGGGAUCUUAUUAGAGACUAAUGAAGAAUGUCCAGUUCUUGAACAGCGCUUGAUUGACACUCAAGAUAAGGUGAAACUUCUUGAGGAAGAAAUAAAGCUUUUGAAGUCUAUAUCUUCAUGUCAUUGUCGAGAUGGAUGGAUACAUGGCAACGGUUCCUGUUACUACAUGCCGAAUCAACAGAAGACCUGGAAUGAUGCACGUGCGUUCUGUCAGCAGCUUGGUGCGCACUUAGCAGUGAUAGGAACUCCGGAGGAAGACAAAAUCGUUUCCGACUUUCUGACUAGAGCACACAACAUGAGCAAUGCAUACGAGGGUGUAACUUAUGUCUGGUUGGGAGGAUAUGAUUUUGCGCAGGAAGGACAUUGGCACUGGGUGACUGGUGAACCAUUUGUUUACACUAAUUGGCGGGGUGGAGGGCCUGACAAUGGAGCAGGGGGUGGUGAAGACUGCAUGGACUGGAGUAACGGCUGGAAUGAUAACGUUUGUAGUCAUUCCUACUAUUUCCUAUGUGAGAUGUAGCCCUUUAUAAACAAGUUAUGUCUUAUAUCAA